AUUGGAUUCAUCUUUGAAACUUAUAGAUGAAACUCGUGUAAUCUAUUGAAAAUGGUGGGUUACAUUAGUGUACAAAUCCUCGGCCUGUUGGUAGUUGCCGGCCAGGAGUUCAACAUGGACGAUUUUGUUGCCGGCCAGGAGUUCAACAUGGACGAUCAAGAAAUAGUUAAUUUUCCGCUGGAAACAGCAGAUGUACAAACUACAGACGCUGUAAAUAUAGAAGGAUUAGCUGGUGGAACUAUUGAAUUACCUUGUGACUUAAAACCUCAAAUUCCAGGAGAUGAAUUACUUUUGGUUCUUUGGUACAAGAUCGGGUUCGCAUCCCCUGUUUACACAUUUGACGUGAGAAAUCGUUCUCCUGGUUCAGCUCGACAUUAUUCAGAUAGAACGCUGUUUGACGAGCCAACAAGAGCAGUAAUGAGAGCUGUGGUUGAACCAUCGGCCUUGGUCAUUUCAAACCUGAUACCAGGAGAUCAGGGAGUUUAUAAAUGUCGAGCUGAUUUCAAAAGAUCCCCAACGAAACAUAAUCUACUUAAUCUAACAGUAAUAGUUCCUCCUCAUCCCCCGUUAAUCUAUGAUGAGAACGGUCGGCGGUUGGACGAUGAGUUUGGUCCUAUCCUGAUCGGCGGAAAGGUAGUUGCUACAUGUGUUUCAAACGGAGGUAAACCUGAACCCAGUCUUCAAUGGUGGAGAGGAAAUAAACUCUUGGAUGAUAAAUCAGAGAUUAUCAAUGGACAAUCAGUUAAUACUGUUCAUCUUGAAAAUAUUGAACAGGACGAUCAAGGAGCUCAUAUUUCCUGCAGGGCUUUAAAUUCCAAUGGAAGCAAUUUUGCCUACCGAAAACUCAAGUUAAUAAUCGCUUAUCCUCCAGAUAGAGUUUGGAUUGAGGAAAACAGUGAUAAACUUACAGCAGGCGAGGAAUAUAAUUUCACAUGUAGAGCGGUUAACUCCAGUGGUCCAACUACAUUUAGGUGGUUUAUUGGAAAAAGAGAAUUAAUCAACCAUAGUCAGUCAAAGGAUAAUAAACUGUUUUCUUGGUUUUCCCAGCUCAGGUACACCCCCCGACCUGGAGAUAAUAAAGCUAAUAUAUCUUGUUCUGUGGUAAACCAACUUUAUCCCGGACAACCGAGACAACACAAGAUUAUGCUCACAGUCAGAUACUCACCGAUUCUUAGUAUUAAACUUGGACACAGUCUUCUCUCAGAGAAAAUUCAGGCAGGCGAGGAUGUGUAUUUUACAUGUUCUGUAGACUCAAACCCACCAACGUAUAAUCUUACAUGGAGGCAUAACGGAAAAUUUUUGUCUGAAAAUAAAGAAAAUGGCAUUCUCUUUGGAAACCAUAGUCUGGUGUUACAGGGAGUUAAAAGGAAAAGAAGUGGGCUGUAUACCUGUAUUGCCUCUAAUGCUGUUGGGGACGGGGAGAGUAAUGCUGUUAGUUUAGAUAUUAAAU